AGUUUAUCGAAAUGUGGUUCCAGUUGAGCCUGCUGGUGCUGCUGCUUGCCUGCCAGGUCAUAGACGGCGCCGAAGAAGCGUGCAACGCAUCCACACCCUAUCGGACGCUGGAUGGUACGUGUAACAAUCUGAAGAACCCAAAAUGGGGUGCCGCCAACACGGUGUACGGACGUUUGCUCGGCGCGGAUUACGGCGACGGUGUGAAAAGCCCCCGGAAGGCCACCGGUGGGUCAGAGCUGCCAAGUGCGCGGCUCCUGUCGAUGAAGCUGUUCGGAGAGAAAGAUGUGCUCGAGCCAGCCUUUACGCUGCUCAGCAUGCAGUUCGGGCAGAUUGUUGCUCACGACAUGGGAUUCACCAGCGGUGGUGCCGACAUGUUGCCGUGCUGUGCGAAAGGACAACUGGUGCCCGAGCCUAAUCCGCGCUGCUACGCCAUCCCGGUGCCUUCGGAUGACAGGGUCAUGGGACAGGCUGGUAUCAAGUGCCUCGACUUCCUGCGAACGGUUACCAACUGUGAUAGCGAUGAAUCUCGCUGCAAAGGCGGCAAGAAAGCCGAACAGAUCAAUACGGUCAGCUCGUUCGUGGACCUAUCGCUCGUGUACGGAAACAAUGCGCAGGAGAAUGGUCCACUUCGGCAGGGUACGGGUGGUCUGAUGAAGGUGGAAACCCGUGACGGUAACGAGUGGCCACCGCGUCACCCGCAUCCGGAGGCCGCCUGCGUACUCGGCAAGCCCACCGAUGCCUGCUACCUGACCGGUGACGUGCGGGGAAACCUUAGUCCGCACAUGACCAUUCUGCACAUCCUGUUCGUACGGGAGCACAAUCGGAUUGCGAAGGCGCUGGCCCACCGGCAGCCGACGUGGGACGAUGAAAAGUUGUUCCAAGAGGCACGCCGUAUCAACAUCGCCCAGUACCAGCAGAUUGUGUUCUACGAGUGGCUCCCGAACUUUCUGCCAUUGAAACCGGAGUCAGAUAGCUCACUCGUUUACCAGUACCGAGCCAAUGUCAACCCGGAGACGUUGAAUGCCAACGCAAUGGCAGCGUUCAGAUACUUCCAUAGUGCAAUCGUCGGAAAACUGCAGCUAGACGACGAGAAUCGCACCAAAGUAGGCGAGAUCAGCUUCACCGAGCACACACUGAAUCCGGCCAUUCUGGAGGCACCGUGCAAGUACGCCCAGCUGUCGAGAGGCUUGGCCACCCAACCGAUGGGUCGCAUCGACCGCAAUAUCGAUCGCGAGAUGAAGCACAAUCUGUUCAAGUUUGGCGCUCCCUUCGGGAACGAUCUGCGGGCAAUGGACAUUCAGCGAGCCCGUGAUCAUGGCCUGCCCAGUUACAAUGCGUUCCGAGAGUACUGCGGUCUGCGGAAGGCGAGCAGUUUCGAUGACCUGGCUCCGCUUCUACGAUCGCCAAAGGAUGCCAAACUCUUGCGUUCCGUCUACGCAUCGGUGGACGAUGUGGAGCUAACGGUGGCAGGAUUGUUCGAAAAACACGUCCCGGGAACCCAGGUCGGGGAAACGUUCCGGUGUAUUCUGAAGGAGCAGUUCCAUCGCACGCGGGUCGGUGAUCGGUUUUUCUUCGAAACUUCCGACCCGGUCGUGGGAUUCAAUAGGAAGCAAUUCAAGCAGCUCCGGAGGGCAACCAUGGCCAGGCUGCUGUGCGAUAAUACGCCCGGGCUGAAGGGUAUGCAACGGAAGGCGUUUGUAACGGUGUCCGCGUCGAACAAGGUAUUGCCUUGUUCUGAGCUGAAGGUAGUUGACUUGAAUGCUUGGAAGUGAGUAAAUAAACGAAAUUCGUU